AUGGCCUCUGAAGCGGCAGAAGCACAAACGCUUGCGCAGUUCGUAGACGGUCCAUGUCUGGCAGGAAUCUUCAUGAAUGUAAUGCUAUAUGGCGUCAUGCUCACCCAGACAUUUUUCUACUACACAACGUAUAGACACGAUCCUACCUGGAUCAAGGUCUAUGUCGGGAUUCUCUUCUUCGCUGAUACACUCAACACUGCGUUCAACAUUGCAUGGAUAUAUGGCGUACUUAUAACAAAUUUCGGCAGCCUCAAUGCAGUGAUUUAUGCGAAUUGGUUGAUGGAGACAGAGGAAGCUUUGACUGGUAUAAUUGGGGCACUCGUCCAAGUAUUCUACGCGUGGAGGCUUCUCAAACUCACCGGGAAAAGGUGGCUAGCGGGUACCGUCGUAGCAUUAGCUAUUAUUCAAUCCCUGGCAGCUAUCGGCACAUCCAUCAACAUGGCGAUGCGACCACUUAUUACUAAUUUCGUACACUACAAGGAAGCUGUUCUGGUUUGGCUAUCAGCUACUGCAUUCAACGACGUCUUAAUUGCGCUGUCUCUCAUCUGGUUCCUGAAUCGCAGCCGCACCGGUCACUCGAAGACGGAGACUGUAAUCUCUAAGAUUAUUCAAAUCACGAUGUCUAAUGGACUCCUUACCGCAAGCUUUGCGCUGGCAGAUAUUAUCGCUUAUGUAGCAUCACCUGGUGGUUUGCAUCUUGCAUUUAACUAUACUUUAUGCAAGCUAUAUGGCAACUCUGUCAUGUCGAGCCUUAAUUCUCGCGCAAUACUGACUUCGGCCAGUCGUAAUCCAACAGGGCACACGGCUUCGUCAGGAAGGACGAUGCCACAUAGUGAUAUCGAUGAUAUUGGUUCCAAGGGCUCGCGUUCCGCUCAGGUCAUGGUCAGCGUUGAGACACAUCAAAUGGUCGACAUGUCCGCGGCUGGGAAUCGAAAAUCUGACGUUGGCUCGCAUUUGAGCGACGCUAAGAUCGUAGCUGUCGUUUAA